CGCAGAUCGACAGCGGCGAACCUCAUAUCACUUACAACGUUCAUGUUCUGAGGUCCUCGCGCGAGUACUCGGCCCUCUCUGCGCUGAGACAUUGUCGCUGCCUGAUGUUAACGUUUGCACCGAUCCACCGUGAACAUGGACUGUCGAAGAGGCUCAGCCGUACUUAAUAGGAGAGGAAUCCCUUCCUCACUUCUUGCUGCACAUACCACUCAAAGUCUCCCAAAAUCACAGCUUUCGAACAGUACAUCCAAUCUCAGCAUUUUCAAAUACUCACUACACCUCUGAACAACGAGAAUGGCGUCCGAGACAUACGCUGCGGAGCCCGGACAUUGGUUCCUGCGUGGCGUUCAGUCUGCAAUCUUCUACUACGUCUCCCUGACACCCUGCCUCGAAUUCCAACACAAGCGCAAGAGAAGAAGGGAAGCAAAGGAAGCCAGAACCGCACACGCCGCACAGGCAGAAAUAAUAACCACACAACCACAACCUGUGAGACAACCCAGAGCCUUUGAGACCAAUGAAGCCUGGGCAUAUGAGUUGAUGCUGGGCCCUGGCCCACCAAAGGGCUGGAAGGCCGACACGCUGCUACGAAACGUGCAAAAACACAUGUCCAAAAAGGAGAAAGAGUCGAAUAAGGGGCCAAAAGCAUCUGAGAUGCCACCACCACAAUCGCAGCCGACUCCGUCACCCGGGCUCUCCACACAACCAACACAAUGCUCUACACGACCAUCUUCCAGCAACACUGCCACUACAGCUUCUGAAGUGGCCGGUCCGAUUGACCAAAAACCCGGUGCUACACCCAGCAGACCGCAUGCAGAGCGGAGAUUAUCCAGUGCUUUCGGAAAUAUCAAAGACACUUUGAGAGUGAACCUACACCCAGAUGGGUGGAAUUGGAAGAGAUACAACCGUGACGACGAGGUCCUGUUUGGGUUCAGCGAACGAAUGAGGGGAUUAUGGAAUAGAGCAAUCUCAGGAUCACAUCACGAGGAGAUUGAGGCGCAGGACGUGGCGGGUCCGUCUGUUCAAAAUCGGAAACGAGCUGCAACAAACGAAAGCGAUCGAUACGACUAUCAAAGAGCCAGAAACCCUGAAGUGAAUGAGUUGCACCCUCCUAUUGUGUCCCAGUUGCCUGCUACGAGAGGUGAAGCUCGCUGGAUGUUGCUACCUCCUCCCAGCGCCGCUGUGAUGGCAGGAAAGAAGCAAGCCACGGAGGAAACACAAAUGCGAUGGCCCAUGUGUGUCAUUGGCAGCAAGCGCCCAUUCUUUGACUCAGAACCCCCCUUGAAGAUGACUCGGUCUACACAACAGCUGGACGAGCAAGACGUCGACAUCAGUGACACGACAAGUGUGGGCAGCAUCGAUAUCGAAGACGAUGUCACUGAAAACAUGCAACAAGCCAGCACGGUCCGGACAAAGCACUUGUCUGAUCCUAUCAUCAAGCCACCUCCAAUCCACCCGCGUGCGUCAGUCAGAGACGAUCUCUUUGUACCCAAAAGAAGCGACAGUUGGCAAUUUCACUGCAUUGUUCCUCCGGAUCAGACCAAGUGGUGAAAAGCUAUGCCAAAAUUCAAAGCUCCAAACAUUUUUGAAAGACACGAGUCUAUUUACGACUACUGGCGACUUUGACGUCACAUCGGCUUCUUAAGAAGAGGCCUUCUCUACAACGCUUAACUGUUUGACUGUUUGAUUACGAUGAAGAUGAUGAAUGGACGAACAUGCUACGUUCGCAGCAAGGAGUUCAGGUUAUAACAGAGAAUCGAGGGUUCUGGGUUUCGCAAGGAGAAUUGGCGUUUGGUUAACACGGAACACGAAGAUUGUUCAAAGACAUGGUAUACGGCACGCAGGGCAACUUGGUUGAUAUGAGGCUUGCCCAUGUUGUACAGACGAAGUCUCGUUCGUACAAAGAAAGAAAGAUGAUUUCCACUGCAUUUCGCUUACGCAUGUGUGAUAUAGUCCUAGUGGUUGUAGACCGUAGAUUCGCCCACUUCACUCCCCUUCC